AUGGAUGGAUUCAAUAAGUCAUUAGACGAACUUCUACAUUUUGCAGAUAUCCUUAAAUUACGUGAAAAAGAACUAGAACAGCAACAUACUUCAGAAUUAGAAAAACAAAAAGCUGAAUAUGAAAUCCAAAUGCAAAUCGAUAGAAGACGAGUUGAACAACUUCAAGAAAUAAAUCGUACAUUAACCGAACAACUUGAACGUAGUACACAUAAACAAGUUGAAUUGGAGCAACACAAUACAGUUUUGCAAGCAAAAUAUAAUUGUUGUGCUGAAGAAUCGAAACAAAUAAAAGAACUACAUAAUGGAAAAAAACAGCACAUUGAAAAACUGGAAAAAAUUGUUCGAAUGUUAACUAAUGAAAAAGAAAAACUUGAUAAUGAAAUAAAACAACUUAAAACUGAUAAUCAAACUUUAGCAGAUAAAAUUAACGAAUCGCUAGUGCAAACGUCAUCGCCAUCAACAACAACAAAACAAGCAGUGAAUGGCGAAGUGGUAAAACUGAUCGAAGAAGCUAUUGCAGAAAAUACUGAACUAAAAAACUCAUUAAUGGAACGCAAUAAUGAAAUUCAAAAACUGAAUGAACAAUUAAAACAACAACAAACGGAAGAUCCACAAAUCGUUCAACAACGUCUUUUACAAUCGUUUAAUAAAUUGAAAACAGAUUUUGCAACAAUGUAUGAAAAUCAAACCAACUUUUUUCUUCAAAAAAUUGAUCUACUUAAACAAGCACAACGUGAUAAUAUAGCUAGCCUUUAUAAACAUUAG